GAGGCCUUCUGCGGCACAGGCCGCGUGGGGAGCGACGCCAGUCGGGCUGCCCGCCUGAGGGACUCUGAAGGACGCCGCGGGCUCUCCCGCCUUUUUCCUGCAUCCGCUUGCCGGCGGGGUUUACGCCGAGCGAGCCCCCGGCGCUCGCCCGGCAGAGAAACUCCGUUCCUCUCGCGUUUGGCCUCCCUCGGUGAAAACGCUCGGCGGUGGCCUGAGGUGGGCUGCCGAGCGCGUUGCGUAUUUCUGUGCAGCGGGGAAGAUUCCGGAUGGAGAACCGCCGUGUUAGUGGGUUCCAAUGAGGGGAAACGGGAGCCCCGGAACAGCAGAAUCGGCGUCCAGGGGCACCUCAGAGGCCAACAAGAUUUCCUGGGCGUGAGCUUUCCCGAGUCGGCGCGUCCUGCUUCAGACACCUCCUUUCAGGAGCCCAGCAGGCGACCCGCGUUUAUUCCCGCCUAACCUUUUAAUAUCAGUUGUAAGAUGGCUUUGUUGACUCGGCGGGUAACCAGAUGCUGUUGCUUGCUAAAGAAACACUACAUUGUGAACAGUAUAGAACUGAGAAAACAAACUAUCAGAACAUGGACACUUUCUCUAGUGCGACCAAGCUUGCCAUUGUUGUGGCCUUACAGAUAUUUUCGUCAACCAGUAUUUAAAAACUCUAGAACUCUAUUUUUUGAUAACAUACAGUUCUGCAGUUCAAGUGCUUCUCUAAAUUCAAGUCCUGAAAAUAACUCACUUUCUCUGGUUAAUCAACAAAUUGAACCAAGAUCAAAUUCUGACUCCAAAGCAUUGGAUGAAGGCUGGGACGAGGCUUUGCCUUCAUCAGCCUUGGAGGAGAUCUCAGAAGAUGAAGCUGUUCAGAUUGUAGCUGAGCCACCCCUUCCCUUUGAAUCUUUUACACUUCAGGAUUAUGUUGAUCGCUCAGAAACUCUGCAGAAGUUAGUGCUUCUAGGAGUUGAUUUGUCUAAAGUGGAAAAACGUCCAGGUGCAGCACAGUUUCUUCUGAAGUUAGACUUUGAAAAAGAUAUCCAAAAAAUACUCCUGUUUCUUAAGGAUGUUGGUGUGGAAGAUAAUCAGCUUGGGGCAUUUCUCACUAAAAACCCAUAUAUUCUCAGAGAAGUAGUGGAAGAUCUAGAGACUAGGGUGGCUUAUCUAACAUCAAAAAAAUUCAGCAAGGAAGCAAUUGCACGGAUGGUCUCACGGGCUCCAUAUUUACUUCUCUUUUCUGUGGAAAGACUGGAUAAUAGGCUGGGUUUCUUCCAAAAAGAACUUGGAUUGAAUGUGAAAAAGACCAAAGAUUUAGUAACUCGUCUUCCAAGGUUACUAACCAACAGUCUUGAACCUAUUAAAGAAAAUCUGAAGGUGUACGAACUUGAACUUGGCUUUAGUCAGAAUGAAAUUAGACAUAUUGUAUAUAGAAUCCCUAAGAAUUUGGGUGUAAACAAAAGGAAACUAACACAGACUUUUGAUUACUUGCACAACAUAAUGGGCAUUCCCCACAGCACCAUCGUCCAUUUUCCUCAGGUUUUUAAUUCAAAUAUGUUACGAAUCAAAGAAAGACAUUUGUUUCUUAACUUCUUGGGAAGAGCACAGUAUGAUCCAAAGCAGCCCAGCUACAUCUCAUUGGACAAGCUAGUAUCCGUGUCUGAUGAUGUGUUCUGUGCAGAAGUUGCCAAAACAUCCAUACAGGACUUCCAGAAAUUUCUGAAAACGUUGUAAAGUAAUAUGUUUUCAAAGAGACUUCAAAUAUAAAAUAAAUUUGGUGUUUUUCUAAUUGCCA